AUGAUAAGUUCGAGCCAGAUCGAGGAAACCGAAGAAGAAGCGCGAAAUCUGGAAAUGCUGAGCAGCGGAAACCAGUUCAUCGUCCAGUUCGUCGAUUUCUUGCCGAUGGAAAGGCCGGACUGGUUCAAGCUCACUUCGAUUUCGUUUCUGGUCAUGGAGUUUUGCGAGCUUGGAAGCUUGAGCGACUGGAUCGGGCGAAGAAAGCAGCAAGGGCGAUGGACGAGCGCGGAAGAAGUGGCUUUGAUCGGAGCUCAAAUCAUUUCCGCGCUGGCUUUUUGCCACUCAAGGGACAUUGCGCAUCUGGAUGUCAAGCCGCAAAAUGUGUUCAUCAAAGGAGAUGGCAUCACUAUCCGGGUCGGAGAUUUUGGAAGCGUCAUGCACUUGGAGUCGAUUGAAGCCACAAUUGAAGGAACCAGGACUGAUGGAGUCAAGAAUACGCUGAUUUACACUCCUCCAGAGUCGUUUACCGAACCACUUAGAAGAUCAGCUCGCCUAGAUGUUUGGGGAUUCGGCCACAUUAUUCAAGAACUUUUGACUUUUGAGCACGCUUUCUGCCGAGUCGAUGGAAGACCAACAAGAAAUCAACGACAAAUCGUGAACAAUAUUUGCGAUCACAAACGAACAAAACUUGCCGAAAUCCGCGGCGAAAACGAAGAAAUGGUCGACUUCGAAAUUCUUCUCCAAAAAUGCCUGAAUCCUCGAAAACUGCUUCGCCCGGAAAAUGCGCUUCAACUGCGCGGCGAAGCGAUCUUUUGCGAGUUUUUGGAGCGAAUCGAAAGCGGCGAAGCUCCAAAUGAAAUCAUUGCUCCUCCAGAAGAAAUCAUCAGGAGACUGAGGGAAACCAAUCAGCAGCAGGAGGAUUUGAUUGAGGCGCAGAAGAGGAGGAUUCGGGAGCUGGAAGCGAAACUUGAGAAAAAUGAAAAUAGAAAGAGGAAAAUUCGAGAAUUGAAGCAGAUUUGUAAAGAACAACAAGAAAAUGAGCAGAGGUGGGAGGUCGCGGAGAAUGGAUGGAAUCUCAAGUUCAAAGCUGGUAAUAAGGAUUUAGGAGGAGAUGGUUGGCAUCAUCUCUGGAUCGGAAGCAAAGACGGGGGAGUGCGAUUUAAAGCCGUGGUGCAGGAGAUAGAUAUCAAUGGAGACGAGCUGAGCAGAGGAGAGGUCACAAGCGAGCCGGAUGGACAGAAGCAGAAAAUCAAAAGCAAGUGGGUAGGUCGUAGUUGUUAUGUAAGAUACAACAUCACUUUACUGUAA